CAUUACGCAGCUGGCUGGCAGCGGUCGGGCCGGUCCGGGCUGGGCCCUACGCACUUUGCGUAGCGCGGGGGGUUACUUAAGGCCUUGUGCUUGGCCUUGAGCAAGCCCCGCCUAUCCCCUGACAAGGGUGGGGGUUGGUGAGGUGCGAAGCUAAGGAAGAAAAGAAGGGAAAUUGAGGCUGUUGAGGGCAUUAUAAUUUGUUUAAAAAGAGGAGGAAAGGAGAGGCCAUGGCGGUCCCAGCCAAGAAGAGGAAGAUGAACUUUUCAGAGCGGGAGGUGGAAAUCAUCGUGGAGGAACUAGAGCUGAAGAAGCAUUUGCUGGUGAACCACUUCAAUGCUGGGGUCCCUCUGGCUGCCAAGAGCGCGGCCUGGCACAGCAUCCUAAGAAGGGUCAAUGCAGUGGCCACCUGCCGCAGAGAGCUGCCUGAGGUCAAGAAGAAGUGGUCUGACCUCAAGACCGAGGUCCGACGCAAGGUUGCCCAGGUCCGGGCUGCUGUGGAGGGUGGUGAGGCACAAGGGCCUACAGAGGAGGAUGGAGUUGGUGGGCCUGGGACAGGCGGUGGCAGUGGCAGCAGUGGCCCAACUGUAGCCCCUGUACUGCUGACUCCCAUGCAACAACGCAUCUGCAACCUGCUGGGUGAAGCCACCAUCAUCAGCCUGCCCAGUACCACAGAGAUCCACCCUGUGGCCCUCGGACCUACGGCUACUGCAGCUGCAGCCACGGUCACGCUGACACAGAUCCCCACUGAGACCACCUUUCACACCCUGGAGGAGGGGGUGGUAGAGUACUGCACCACUGAAGCUCCCCCUCCCCUGCCAGCAGAGGCCCCAGUGGAGAUGAUAGCCCAGCACGCCGACUCGUCUGUCAAACCUCAGGCACUUAAGAGCCGUAUUGCCCUCAACUCUGCUAAGCUGAUCCAGGAGCAGCGGGUCACCAACCUGCAUGUGAAGGAGAUUGCUCAGCACCUAGAGCAGCAGAAUGAUCUGCUGCAGAUGAUUCGGCGUUCCCAGGAGGUGCAGGCCUGUGCCCAGGAACGUCAGGCCCAGGCCAUGGAAGGCACCCAGGCAGCCCUGAGCGUCCUCAUCCAGGUCCUCCGGCCCAUGAUCAAAGAUUUCCGUCGUUACUUACAGAGUAACACACCCAACCCAACCCCAGCCUCUGACCCUGGGCAGGUAGCCCAGAAUGGGCAGCCGGACAGCAUCAUUCAAUGAAGGCAGGGAUCAAGCCAGCCUUGCCAUGAUUAGAAGAAACCUCUGUGGUCUUGUAAGUGGCUUCCGUAAUUGGCUUUAAAUGGGCCAUGUGGAUAACUCCUUCCUGGAUAGAUAUUUGGGCUCAAUGUUUUAAGAGACUGGAAAGAGAGACUUGCUUGGCUCCUGGGAUACAAACUCUCUUAGUCCCACCUCUGGAGCUUCCUUGAUAAAGUCUGAAAGAUUUAGCUGGAGGUUAUAUUGUGCUGGUGAUGGGACAUGACCCAGAUUCAGCCUGGGCUAACUGUAAUGACAUAUUGGUUCUCAAUGGGGGCUGUGUCACAACUUGGGUGUGCCAGCCUUUUCAGUACAACCGUAGCAGUGGUGCUGGCGGAAAUGCAAUAACACCUUCCUACCUUAUAAGAAUCUCUCCCACCAAUGAGCCUGAGGAGGAAACCUUACCCCCCCCCUUUUCACUGUGCCUCAGUUCUCAGGGGACUCUCCUUUAUGGCUAUGUGCCAACCUCACCAAGGCACAUCCUAGCUCUUGGAAGUGCCCUGAGAUACCCCUAGUAUACACCUAGCAUGUAUCUAGCCUGGCUCAGGAAUACUGUGUGUGCUGGGAUGGGUUGGCCCCUCUCUGGUCUUCCACAGCAUCUCUGGGCAGCCUUUAGGUGAUUAGCUAUGCCCUCGGACUUGGACACACAUCAGACUUCAGAGAAAACAAACCAGUGUGGAGCGCCCUACUGCAAUGGGGUGAACCACUGGAUUUUUUUUUUCUAGAAGGCUGAUUUCAAGCCAAUUUUAUUUAUUCUGUAGGUGACUCCCUUUUGAGAAGGCUCAAAAAAGUGACUGUAGCCACACCCUCUCUUCCUGUCUGCUGACCACAUGGCUAAAACACAGUGCAUGUAUAGAGGCCUGCUCAGCAGCCCACCCUAGAACCCUCUCCCUCAUGUUCUCAGGAUGCCAUCUGACUAGUUGAGUGAAUCCAAAGCCAGGACUGACCUUGAAUGAAGGAGUGGGAGAUACGAGACCAUUUAGUAAGUGGGACCCUUUGUAGUCUGUGUUGUGGAGGAGCAGAGAGGCCAUUUCAUCUCUCCAGGUGGCAUCCCAAAUUUACUUUUUUUUUUUUGCUUUUCGAGGUAGGGUCUUACUGUAGCUCAUGUUGACCUGGAAUUCACUAUGCAGUCUCAGGGCAGCCUCGAACUCACAGUGAUCCUCUUACCUCUGCCUCCCAGGUGCUGGGAUUAAAGGUGUGCGCCACCACGGCCAGGUCUCCAACUUUACUAUUUUGUUGCCUGGGUCUGGGCCACAUGUGACUGACGAUACAACUCACAGUUCCAAAUAUCAGCCAAGCAAGAGUCCAGGCUGCCCUUCUGGGCAGGCAUGUAUAGAAAUCGUGGUCACAAGAAGAGGCCCCUGACGACCUUUGCAAGGUAGCUGCCCCACGUUCCCUUUUCCAUGGGGGCAUGUAUAAUACUACGAGGAGUGAGAUGGGACAUAGGGAGGGAGUUGGAUGGCAGCGGGAAACUCCCUGCUUGGCAGGCAUCCUGGCUGCUUGGACUUCUUGGCCUGUGGAACCUGUUGGCCCUAGCAGGAUAACUACAGGGACUUCCUAAGGAUUUGUGAGUCAGUUUGUUUUUUUCUCUAGGGUUGGAAAUCUGAGCCAAUAUGGUAUUUGUUCCGUUGGAUUAUAAAGAAGCCUGGAUCUCUGAAACUGAGUAGUUCUUUCUAGGUUAUAAUUUUAAAUUAAAGAAAAUAAUUUUUUUUUGUACAUACUUCUCUGUGUCUUUAGUGGUCAUACAUAGAAAAGAGCUGUGAACUAUGAGCCUCAGACUUAAUCUGGCCCACCACCUGUUUUUGUAAAUAAAGUUUUUUUUUUUGUUUUGUUUUUUGCACUGAAACCAGAAUGGGAUGUUUAAUUUCAGAAACAAUAAAAAUAAAGAGCAUAGCUAGAUGGUUUUUGAAGGGAUCAAGAGGAUAGUAAUAGCAGUAGUAUACAAAUUUAAAGAAAAUAUGCUAUAUAAAAAAGACUAAAUGAUACUUUUUGCUCAUAGAAAGGCUUCUGACAUCUUACCCAAGUCUAUUUACUAACAUGUGGUGCAUCUCACGUGUGUGCAGAUGCAAGUGUGGAGAGAGGAGAGUGUCAAGUGUCUUCUCUGUUGCUCAUUUACAUGUUAACACGAUUUCACUUAGAAGACACAGAAAACGCAGCGUCAUGUCUGAACUGUGCACAGGCACUGAGCAGUCACAGAACAUGGUGCGCAUCUUCCAAAGGAUCAUACCCUUCUCAUGCCUACAGGCUUCCAAAGUGAGGCACGAGGCUACUUUGGUAGGUUAUAUUCAAUGUAGCUCUA